AAACGGUCAUUUUGGGGCCAAACUCUUAGUAUUACCAUCCCAAGAAAGAUCAGACCCCGCGGGUCUAUCGGUUAUGUAAUGAUGGCGGAGGUGGCUGGGUGUGUCCAUCAAUCAGUUCUGCAACUGAUGGACACCUGACUGGCCCUGCACUCUUGACAGCAACAACAACCACGGUCACAGGAUGAUGUAAACAAGCGAGCUUCCGUGAUGGGUCUCGAGUCCGAUGAUUCCCUCACGUACGCGGCCGGCCAACCCACGGGGUUGACAGCCACCAUUUGACAAAUCAUCCUCUGGAUGACAGUUAUGCGCGACAGUGCAGACGCCAUGAAAGCAAAGGAUGAUGAAUCGGCAGAAAAGAGCGCACAGACCUCCACAUCCGCGGCGCCAGCUCACAAGAGCCGCGCGUUCUACAUGAGCUUCGUGGCGAUCAUGGUCACCUCGUUUCUCAGCGCACUGGAUCUGACGGCGGUCGGAACAGCGCUCCCCACAAUCUCGGUGGCCCUGAAGGACAGCAAGGGCGAAUUCACCUGGGUCGGUUCGGCCUACGCGCUGAGCAGUACCGCGUUUAUUCCACUGAGCGGCAGCUUGGCUGAUGCAUUCGGAAGGAGACCUGUCCUCCUUCUUUCCAUCGGGUUCUUUUUCUUGGGAAGCGCCAUUGCUGGCGCAGCGCAGAAUAUGUCGAUGAUGAUUGCCGCGAGGACUAUCCAAGGAAUUGGUGGUGGCGGAAUCCUCAAUCUUACAGAAGUUUUGAUGGCGGAUCUAGUGCCUUUGGCUGAGCGAGGCCUCUAUCAGGGCCUGGAUGGACUUGUGUGGUCCUUUGCUUCUUGCAUAGGCCCUCCAAUAGGCGGUGCACUCGCUACCCAUAAUAAAAAAGCCUGGCGCUGGCUGUUCUUCCUCAAUUUGCCGUUGUCCGGGCUGGCUUUCAUCUUGGUUAUGAUCUUCCUCAGGGUCAAGACUCCCCCCGGUACCGUCAAGGAGAAGCUUGCGAAAGUGGACUGGAUGCGACGGGAAUAUGAUGGUCGUCGUAGGCUCUGGGCUUGUCACCAUAGCACUCACGUGGGGAGGAAUCCGGUACUCCUGGCGGUCUGUUCCGGUGCUGUUGCCGUUGAUCCUGGGGGUAUUAUUCUUGGCCUUGUUCUGCGUUUACGAAGCCACUGUACCGGCGAAACCCACCAUUCCACUCGACGUGAUCGGCAAUCGAACGUCCUUGAGUGGGUUAUUGAGCACAGCAGCGCACAGUAUUGCGAGCAUGGGCAAGUCGAUGAUCGCCUGAUGCAGAGGGUGUACUGUAUGCUGACCUCGACGACAGCUAUUAUCUACUACCUACCCGUCUUCUUCCAAGCGUGUUUCGGCGCCUCGCCCAUCCGAUCUGCCGUGGACUUUCUCCCCGGCGCUCUGCUCACUGCCCCCUUCGCGUUGAUUGCAGGCCUCGUGAUUACGGUUGCAAAGCGGUACAGAGAAGUGAAUUGGGCGGGAUGGGUGUUCAUGAUCGUCGGAUUCGGACUGACCAGCACUCUGAAAGCGACCGCCUCGACGGGACAAUGGGUUGGGUUCCAGGCCAUUGCCGCCAUUGGGAUCGGAUUGAUUUUCUCUGGCCCCGUCUUCCCCAUACUCGCACCACUCCAUCCCGACCGCGCAGGCUCCGCGCUGGCGCUUUUUGGAUUCACGCGGGCCUUUUUCCAGACGUGGGGCAUCGCCAUCGCUGGAUCAAUUCUCCAGAACGAACUGAGCCGCAGACUCCCCCCGGCAUUCAUCGCCCAGUUCCCGCCCCACUUCGAGAUCGCGUACUCCGCUAUCCCAGCCAUCGGACUGCUCGAGGAGCCGCUCAGAUCAGAGGUGCGAGCGGCUUUUGCGGGGAGCAUGGACGUGAUCUGGCGGGUCAUGAUUGGUGUCUGUGGACUCGGAUUGCUGUUUGCCUUGUUCAUGAAAGAGGUGCCCAUGAGCACGGAUGUGGACGAGAGAUAUGCGCUUCAGGAGGGCGGGGGUCCAGCGGUUGAGAUCGCGACCUAGUGUGGUGGCAUUAAAUUCUUAUUGGUCAGCCGUCGAUAUACACACUCAGACUGUGCACAUGCUCCAGUAUGCAGAGAGAUAUGGCAGAUGGGGCCUCGGCCUGCAAUAGGCCGCACUGGCGACAACAGACAGAACCCUUCCCGAAGCACGGCCCUAUUCAUGUAGAAGUCAAGGGCACAUUAAUUACCGCCGCGAGAGGGUGCAUUUCUGAGCUCGCUUGAGAAGGCAGAAGACCCAACAGGGGUCGCGCGUCUUCAACAAACCUCUAUUCCUAGGAAACUGAAGUGCGGCCGGAUACAUUCGCGCUCUGGAUGAUUUUUGUCGCGGGCAUCAUAUCUGCACCCGGGCGGCAGGGCGUUCCUCCAUCUCAAAGUGUUUCAGGUGCAACACUUGCUAGCCUGCCUUUGGAAUGGAAUGGAAUGGAGACGAGGGACGCUAGUGGCGCUCCGAGUUGUAAACUGCUAGACGCGCGCUGGUCCUCCUCCAUUCUGGUGCCUCUAUAAGAAGCUCAGCCGCCCAUCUUACGUCUGUCUGUCCCUCGCCCACCAUGCCCCGCUUCCGCCCUUACUUCUGGCUUGCCCUCGCGUGGCGCGCUGUCCUCGAGAGGUUCACGUCCCGCUGGCUGUGGCUUGCGAGCGAAGAGACGGGCGGCGCCGUGUCGUUGAACAUCAUCGUCGUCGGCGGAGGGAUCGGCGGCCUCGCGGCCGCCUAUUGCCUCGCAAGGGCAGGACACGCCGUGACUAUCCUCGAGCGCGCAGCCGCCGCGGGAGACGAUGUGGGCGCCGGGAUCCAGGUUUCUCCGAACUUUAGUCGACUGCUGAUCCGGUGGGGAUUGGGAGAAGAGUUGGCGGAAAAAGGGUGUGUGCCGGAGGGCAUCGCGUUUCUUCGGUAUUCCACGGGAGAGCGGGUCGGGGCCACGCGAUGGGGCAAACAGAUGGAGGCUGAUUACGGCGCGCCUUAUUAUCACAUCCACCGCGCCGACCUCCUGCGGAUGCUCACGCGCCUGUGCGCCCGCCGUGCGGCCCUGCGGCUGGACAGCCGGGUUGCUUCUGUCGAUCCAAUCACCGGCUCCGUGGUUCUCAGCUCAGGCGAGAUGCUUACCGCAGAUCUCAUCGUCGGGGCCGACGGGAUCAAGAGCGUCGUGCGCUCUGCGGUGCAGGGAGAAAAGCCUCCGCUGCAGACCGGCGACGCGGUGUACCGCGCGGUGAUCCCCACAGACGGGAUGCUGGCAGACCCAGACCUGGAGGAACUGGUCAGGGGGAGGGAGAUGGUCAAUUGGAUGGGGCCUGAGAAACAUGUUAUCGGAUACUGCAUCCGAGCUGGCCGCGAAUACAAUCUCGUCCUCGUGCAUCCUGAUUGUCGGACGAGGAAGGAAUCGUACAUGUGCGAGGGCUCCGUCGAGCAGAUGAGGUCGGACUUCGAAGGGUGGGAUCCGCGGUUGCAGAAGCUGCUCAGGUUGGUCGAGAAAACGUACAUCCUUCCACUCAUGUAUCGGCCCCCGAUCGAGGGCUGGGUUCACGCGAACGGCAAAAUGGUUCUGUUGGGCGAUUCCGCCCACGCGACGCUUCCCUCCCGGGCCCAGGGCGCGGCUAUGGCGGUGGAAGACGCUGCCGUUCUCGGCGUCUUGCUCAGCAGCCUCCACUCCAGGAGCGAAGCGCGGCUGCGCCUGCAGGCCUACCGAGACCUGCGCUACGCACGCACCGAAGCCACGCAGCGCGCAUCGCUGUCCAACCACCGCGUCUUCCAUCUCCCAGACGGCGAAGCGCAGCAGCGCAGGGACGCGAGCAUGCGAGCGGCCAUGGCCGGGUCAGAAUCUGAUCACAACGCGAAUAUAUGGGCCGAUCAGAAGAAGAGCGCGGUCCAGUUUGGCUAUGAUGCGGAGCGCGUUGCGCAGGAGUGGCUCGACGCGCAUGCAGGGCCUCGCCUGGCAGCGACGCGGUCGACGGCAAAGGUUCGCUAGGGUGUCCAUACGACGACCUGUGUUGCUUGCACGCGGUCCUUGGUAGCCGCGGAGAGUUGAAUUAAACCGGUGUUCUUGUCUCAGCCGUGGGAAGCAUCGUCGUGCGUGGACCGAGAACUCUCUCUCGUACUGCGGAUCUUGAAGGUGGCGUCCGAUACAACGCAGUUGCUGUCCUCUAGUUCGGCGCUGGGGAGCGUAGUGUCAAGGGUUGAGCGUGGGGAUGGUGAAAGCUUUCAUUCCAAUGUCCAGGGUUAGGCCGGGAGCUGCUUGAGCGUCACUCGCCUUGGGUAGCAAUGAGUAAUACUCGCUCAGGCGUGCGCAUGGUGGUCACAUGGUUUUUCAAGUGCAUCCGUUCUACGUUUCGAUUACGAGGAAGAGAAGGGCACGAUGAUCGGAAAGACAAAGAAUAAAAUGGAAUCACGCACGAGCGCAGGGUGCUCGCUUUGAAGACAUCAUUCUGCAUAUAUCUAGGCAUAUAUCUACGGACAAAAUCAUCUAAUCUGUACUGCAAAUUCUUUCCUCCAAGAUUCUCGACACGUCCGUAGUCCCAUACAUAAUACAA